AUGGAUAAGUACGGCAUUUGUUCUGAAAUUGAGCGCAGCAUCGACAACAAGGAGACGGAGGAGGCGUUCGUGGAUCUGGCGAUGGAGAUCUUCCAGCCUGAUCGAAAGGCCAAAGUUGUGGUGUGUUUUUGUCAGGGUGAGACGAUGGCUGGAAUUUUCAAGGCCAUGAAGACGCUCGGCUUAGAGGGGAGGGGCUACAUGUUCAUUGGAACGGACGGAUGGUCUGACCGACUGGAUGUCCUUGGACCGGUAGUGAACGCGAAGACGGAAGAACGAGCGUACAGCCGGUUGGCACUUGGAAGCUUUUCAAUUAAACUGCACUCACCAAAAGUGGAAGGCUUCGAUGAGUACUUCACCAGUCUUACGCCAGACACCCAUCACAACGUUAACCCCUGGUUUACGGAGUUCUGGGAACAGAAAUUUGACUGCACUAUACGCAACACUGGGGACGGAAAGCGCAAACAAUGUACCGGUCAAGAAAGCCUAAAGAAUUUGCCAUUUCAACAAGACAACAAACUCUCGCUCCUUAACCUGGCAAUUUACGUAGUCGCGCUGGCGUUGCAUCGGGUUCAGGAAAUCGUUUGUGGCGUUGGACGACCUGGAGUGUGUGCGGGUCUGCUGCCGGUGAACGGUAGUUUCCUACGACAGGAAUUGCUCAAAGUUAACUUCACAGAUCGCAACGGCGACACCAUCUACUUCGACGAAAACGGCGAUCCACCUGCCAGUUACGACAUCUUGAAUUAUCAACAAACUGUCAACGCACGCGGCGAGGAGGUGUUUGAGUAUGUACAGAUUGCACGGUGGAAACACGGUCGUAUGGAAUUUGUGGACGAGGACAAGAUCCAGUGGCAGGUCAUCGAGGCGGCAACACCCAACUCCACCAUCGUGGGACCAGUCAAGUCGUAUUGCAGUGAGCCUUGUGGUCCGUGGGAAGAAAAGGUGGGUUUUCAUCUCUACAUCAAUGAGGAGAAUUCCACAGAGAACAUGCUUUCGACCCAGUUAGUUAGGAAUUCGGCACCUCCGCCGUCAGACAAAUGGGGAAUGUCGAAUGCUUUACUGCGAACUGGCUCGUCCAUUUUAGACUGCGUGCCCAUUGAACCUGAGUUUAUCCGAUGGACCAACCCCGGCCCUCUUGCUGCCAUCGUUUUCGCUGCAAUUGGAGCCCUGAUGGCCAUCAUCAUACUGGUCGUCUUCAUAGUUCACCGGAACACAGCAGUUGUGAAGGCCUCCACCCGUGAACUCAUGUGGGUCAUCUUGGUGGCGAUGCUGGUGGCGCAUUUCUCCGUGCUGAUUGUGUUUUUUCGGCCAAGUCCGCUAACCUGCGCCCUCCACCGCUCCCUGCCCAGCAUCGCCUUCGCCAUCAUCUAUGCCGCCCUCGUCACCAAGACCAAUCGCAUUGCACGGAUUCUUGAGGGAUCAAAACGCAUUCUGCUGAAAAAACAACGAUUCCUCUCCACCACUGCCCAGCUCGUGAUCACUCUUGCCCUGACAACGAUCGAAAUCAUUGUCGUGGCGACAAUGCUUGUAAUUGAGCCACCAAAUACGCGUUUGAAGUUCUCUGAAGACUUGACGCAAGCCACUAUGCUUUGUGAUACCACCAAAAGUGGGAAUGUGAUCCCUCUCGCCUUUCCCAUCUUCCUUAUUGCAAUGUGCACGAUCUACGCAAUAAAGACGCGAAACCUACCACAGAACUUCAAUGAGGCCAAGUUUAUCGGCUUCACGAUGUACACCACGUGCGUUCUGUGGCUCGCCUUUCUGCCCGUCUACCUGUCUGGCUACGAAACUGAAGUCACCUUGACAAUCUCGAUUAGCAUCUCCGCAAGCAUAGCGUUGGUCAUCCUCUUUAUACCCAAGACCUACAUUAUACUCUGUCGACCUGAGAAGAAUUCUCGAAUGUCCUUCAUCACGGCCAAGGAUAUUCGGUGCCACAUUGGUGUUCUCCAGACGAAUGUCGACACGGGCAAAAAGAAAUCUCACAAAAAGUACGUCGAGUUGUUGAACAUGUAUCAAAAUUGA